UAAAUAUCGAAUUAGUUUUUUUUUAAUAUUCUUUUGGCUGACAUUUUGGAAAAGAAAUAAUUAAAAUAAUAAACAAAUUUUAAUCAUAAUCUGUGAUCAUUUAAACAUGACAUCAUCAACCUAUCGCUGUCUUUGGAAAAUCUUCCAAUAUCUAUCUGCUCCGAUACGAAAUUUGUUAAUAGAUCUAAUAUUUCUGGUUGUAGUAGAGUUUAUAAAAUUCUGCAUGAUCUUAUUAUUGAUGUUCAUUGCGGGCUACUCAAUAUUAUAUUUAUGGAGUAACUACAACGAACGUCAGCAAUAUAUAUUGAAUAGUAUAAAAUCUAACCGCCUUAGUGAUGGACUAAUGGAUAGUUUUAGUAAAUAUCCGUAUAUAGUGGAGGUGCCAUCAAAAGCUUCAGCAGAAUCAUUAAAAUUAAGUAGAAAAAAAUAAGUCCAGUGGGCUGUGAAAUACGAACGAUUUACAUGAAGACUGAUGUUUCAAGAAAGAU